AUGCAAGGCGUGGCUGAGUUCAAGAGCCUGGGCACCCUCGAGCUGCGCUUCAGCGACGUCCUGGAGCUCAACCCCGCCGCCGCCGCCGCCCUCGCCGGCCCCGGGGCGCGCCUGGCCGCGCUGCGGCUCAUCAACGUCAGCGCCCCCGAGGGCCUCGACCUGCGGCUGCUCGCCGCCGCGCUGGCGCCGCUCCGCGCGCUGACGCUCGUCCAGCGCAGCAAGGUCGCGCCGCUGCUGGCCGGGGACGCGGCGCUCGAGGCGCUCGCGGGCAUGAGCGGCCUCGAAGAGCUGGAGCUGCAGGGCCGCAUGUGCGGCGUCGGGGACGGGGGGCUGCUCGCGCUGCGGCGGCUGACGCGGCUGAGGCGGCUGGUGGUGGGUUGGGUGCCGUGGCAGAGCCAGAUCUCACAGGGGGCUGCGCUGCAGCUGCUGUCCGGGCUGCCCCUCCUCCAGAGUCUUAAGUUGAGCGGGGCGGAGCUGCUCCUGCCGACGGGGCUGCUGGCGAGCACCGCCGCGCCGCAAGCUCCCGGGGCCAACCCCGCUGCCGUUGCGCCCCCAGCGCCGGCCGGCUAUGGGGAGGCGGCGCCCCAGCCGGCCCAGCCGGGCCAGCCGCAGAUGUUGCCGGUGGGCGGCGCCGUUGCCGCCGCCGCAGCGACGGCAUCUGGGCGGGCACCGCUGAGGAGCAUGGCGAGCGCGCCAGUCAUGGGGGCCUCCCUGCGCCCCCGUUGCGCCGCUGCCGGCGCCGGCGCCGCCGCCGGCGCGCAUCUCGACAGGCUCGCAGGCGCGCCCGACGACGCCCCGCAGCUCGGCGGCGCGGCGUGGGCCGCGCUGGCGCACGUGGCCGACCUGCGGCUGCGCUUCAACUGCUGUGGCACGAGCGUGGAGAGGACGCUGCUUGCGCUGGGGCCGAGGCUGCGGGCGCGGCUGGCGGGGCUGACCUGGUCGUACGGGAAGCUUGGGGGCCCAGGCUACCUCCGCCUGCUGAGCUCCUGCACGAGCCUCAGGUCCCUCAAGAUAUCAAUGUGGUACCAGGACCCCCACGCGGCCCCAUCCCUCUGGGACCUGUCGGCGCUGUCAUCCCUCCACAACCUGGAGACCCUGGUGUUCGACAAGCGGCCGCCGUUCCAGACCGCCCUGCCCGCGCAGCAGGCGUCCGUAUCCUGCCCAGUGACGCCAUCCGCGCUGCGCGCCGCCGCCGCGGCCUGGCCGCGGCUGCGGAAGCUGCGCCUCGGCCUGGCGCGCGGGGACUUUGGGGACAGCGCGCUCGAGCAGCUGCCGCGGUUCACGGGCCUGGAGUCGCUGACGCUGCACGUCUUGGUGGCCCCCAAAGACGACGCCUGGCUCGGGCUGGCGCCGCUCCGACUGCUGUCUGGGCUGGCGGGCCUGCGGCACCUGGACUGGGUACCUGCAGAGCGGACUGUCCAGGGGCGGCUGCGGCCGGAAGACGUGCAGGCGCUGCUGCGGCUGGGGCAGCUGCACGUGCUCACACUCCCUGCAUCACUGGUGACCUGUGAACGGAUGCAGGAGCUGACUGACCACCUUCCCAGCAGCUGCCAGCUGCGGCUGAUGGCGCCGGCGUACUGCGAGCACGCGCGAACCGCCAAGGCGUCCAGGAUGCAGCGGCUGCUCAGCGCGGCCAGCAGCCUAAUGGACCGCGCGGCGGGCGCUAUUACUCUGAACUGA